AUGCGUCGCUCUCAUCCGACCGCGUUUCUCUUGAAAAAGCGCGACGGCUGUGCGGUCUGCAACAACAUCGCCCCUUGCCCAGUUUGCGCCGCUGGUCAACAAUGUCAACAGAUCUUUCGCUCUUCCUGCCAAGACUGUCCUGUCAACAAGUGCGUCGCCAUCCCCGGAUACGCGGCGCACAAGAGCAGCAACUCGUCUGCUUUGGGAGGCGGUCUUGCAGCCCUCUUCAUCGUAGCGCUCGCAGCCGCGGUUGGCUUCUGCUUCUGGAAGCGCCUCAAAGCCAAACGUCGUCUCGCUUUGCAUCAGGAUGCUAUGGAACGACGCGAAAAGCUGCGCAACGAAAAGCAAGCCAUCACCCUCCAGCUUGGUGGUGGCGCCCAAAAACCUCGCACUUCUGACGCUCCCAAUUCGGCGUUUGCCAUUAUCGAUGCGGAUGACCUGGACAACGAUACCGAGUAUACUCAGGUGACAGGCGUGCUGAACAACGACAAGGGUGGCCUGGGCUCGCUGGCUGAGCCCACCGCUUUCAGGCGCAAAUCGUUUGGCGCGGCGACCCACCUUUCCAGAAUCACGGAAGGCGCCGAGGAGGAGGAGGAAGAAGAUUCGCACGCGAGUGCAGCUGAUGGCUCGGUGCCAGCCACGAAUCGCAAACGCAACACGGUCGCGUCGAUUCAGUCGAGCGCUCGAUCGCUUACUAGCGGCGCUGGUCCCAGGGUCAGUAUCGGCUCUGGCACAAGCAGCUUUGGCUCGCACAACAUCAUUCCGAUCGCUUUCAAGCCUUCGGCUACCGCGUAUGGCGCUUCUUUCGAGGAUGCAAGUGCGGGUGAUGGUGGAUCUCUAGCCGACUCUCCAUCCAUCUCACCACUCGUUCUACCCUCCACCGCUCACCGCGCCACGGGCGCGCCCGUGGUGCAAGUCAACACUUUGCGUCUGGGUCCAGUUCGACCCACGCGCGCGCCCGACCUGAACCUUCGCAUCCCGGACUCGUCGCAACCUCAUCGACCCACCAACUCGUCGCCGCUCGCUCAAUCGCAGCUGCAACCGCAACCGCACUCGGCGCCCAGCAGCACCACUUCUUACGCAGACCAAGACCAAGCCGCAUACGACUUUAUGUCGAUUGACCCCGUCGACACACUCAAGGCCUCGGCUGCGUACUCUCGCUCCGACCGACCACUUUCGAGCGCGACGAUCAACACGAUUGGUUCGACGCAUUCGGGGAGCCUGUCGUACGUGCUGUCGGCACCACAGGUGAUCACGCCGGUCAGUGCGGAAGGCGUAAGAAGGGUGCAGGUGGAGAAGGGGGGUAAGGCGCAGUUGGUCAAAGUGCCGAGUCUGAAACGCAAGCCGGUUCCCACGGAUCCGUUCAAAGAUCCUCAGGAGGAGACGGAACUCGCUCCGCCUCACUCGAACCGGUUCGGCGGGCGAGCGCGAGGAGGCGAUCGAACAUCGACUGUCUCGGCGUCGACGUUGGGCAUCCCGUUCGGGGAAACGCCGUUCGGCACAAUUCAACCGCCGCCACACCAGACUUCGCCAAGCGAUGCAGCCGAGCGAUCCUCCUGGUUGGGCACGGGCGCCAGUUCGACAGAUAGCGCCGUGCAGACGCGCGCCAACGAUCCGUUCCAGGACCCUGCGCCUCCGUCUGAAGGCGCUCUCGCUAGGCGUUCCGACGAAUGCACUUGA